UCCAGCGCUGGUAGCUGCGAUGUUUUACCCUACUGCCGGACAGGAGGGGUCUUUCGGUAGUGUAGUUUCGCCGUCCUCUGUGUGCCUUAGUAGUUCAUCGACACUGCCGGUCAGUGUCCAAUCAGCUAGCACUCCACCCGCGUCAUCUCAGGACCACCAUCUCAACCACCUUCACGAAGGGUGGUCCGAGGCGGAAAUGACGCUCUCCUCUGCCAUAUCUACUAUUACAGACGCCGUGUCUAAAUCAAAGAAAAAGACUCCUUUCAGGUCGACGAAAGGAGCGUCCAAACAGAGGCGGGAUUUGAUCAAUGCCGAGAUCAAGAAUUUACGGGAUUUAUUACCGUUGCCAGAUUCGGUAAAAGCCAGGUUAUCAUAUCUGCAUGUCAUGUCACUGGCUUGCGUUUACACCAGAAAAUGCAACUUUUUCUCGCAAGAUUUUGCAAGUCGUGUUAGUGCAUCUCAUGAUAUUGAGAAAAUAAAACAAGAGUAUGAUUUCAGCCCGGUGCUGAAUGGUUUUCUCCUCAUUGUAAACAGUGAAGGAUACUUGCUGUAUAUAUCAGAAAAUGUCACAGAAUUCCUUGGCCACUCCAUGGUUGACUUGUUAACCCAAGGAGGUAGUGUCUUUGAUGUAGUUGACGACCGAGAUCAUGCUACUAUCAGAACGAAUUUGAAGUAUUACGAAAACCAUUCCAAUCCUAAAAGAUCAUUCUUCUGUCGAAUGAAUACAUCGCGAUCCAUGCGACGACAAGACAACUGUAGUGAUAAUAAGGUUGUUCAUAUCACAGGCAGAUAUCAUUCCAUGGCCACAACCUCCAGCUGGUCACCUGCUCCUGUGUUCAUUGGUGUUUGUUCCCCAAUCUCAUCUAGUAUUUGUCGUACUGCAAGGUGUGAGAGUUCGGUACUUGACACUAUGUCAUUCACCACACAGCAUGGCUUGGACAUGAGACUACAGGAGGUGUCGUCAAGAGUGGUGUACCAUUUAGGUUAUACUGCCGAGGAAUUGUACGCUACUUCUUGGUACAAUUUAUUGUAUGCAAAUGAUGAUGUCAUCGGUAGAACGCAUCACCAAUAUUUGAUUCAGCAAGUUCAACAAGGGAACCAAACUAGCUGUGAAUUUGUUGUAAGGAUGCUAACUAAGGAUAAACUCAUUGUCAAUGUCUUCAUCCAUGCUACAAGCCAUCCUGAUGAACUGGACACAUCACCAAUUAUCUGUGAAAACAGGGUCAUCUGUGACACAGAAAUGCAGUAUUACAAAGCUAUCCAACAGAAUGUGGUUGUUGACACCAUGAUUUCGGGAGAUGAAUACAUGUAUCCAAGUUCACUACAUCUCGACUCAUCUGGCACCUGGCCAACAGACGAGUUGGAGAGUGAAUUUUUCCCGGAAACAAUGAAGGAUGAUGCGACAGAUGAACAGUUCCUCAACCCCACAUCACCAGAAAAGUCAUCCUCGUCAAAGGACAAUGCAUUUGUGGCGUUGAAAGAUGCUACUAUGGAGCUUGUUAGAAGACGUCUGCGGAAAAGACUUCACAGUGAUCAAUCAUGUUUAGAACCACAGCGCAAAGCUUGUCGGUUUGACAACUCUUUAGAUGAUAACUAUGAUGUGAAGUUCCGUACUUAUUCUUUGUCUGCCAUCAAUCAAACAAGUCAGGAAUCGUCUGGUGCACCGCCAUCAAGUAUUGUGUCGACUCUGACAACUGAUUCCCACACCAACAGAGAACAAAGAUCUGAGACAUGCAACUGGGCAGCAGAAUCACCGUCCACAAUGCCAGUUACUCCCAUGACCCCGCUAAAUCAGCAAGAGCAUGCCAGUAAUCGUCUGGAUAUUCUUUGCCCAUAUAGGUUACCACAUGCACCAGACAGCACGAUUAGACUCAAACAGGAGAUCUGUGUGCCAGAUAGCAUGCUAACCCCAGAUCCAUCUCCAAAAUUCGGACAAGCAACUCCAGCACAAACACACUUUGACUUCACCAUAGAUGAAGUACCCAGUGAACAAUUACCUAAUAACGAAGAGAAGACUUUAACAGAAGAAGAUUUAAAUACGCUACGUGAACUUGCCUCAACGCUACUAACACUAACAAAAGACUGUAGUGACAUUAAAAACGAUAUAGAUACAAAUGUCAACAUAGGGCAAGAGGAUAUUAAUAUGAGGCACACCUCAGUAGAAAGAGAUCAUUGUGUGCCAUCUGUAGAGGGGAGCAGAAUGGGAGAAAACCCUCACGAAAGUUUACUGUUAGCAGACAAAUCAUUCUACGCGACCUCACCAGUUGGCUGUAUCCAGUUAACAGUACAACACAGCACAAAUCUGUCGGCAAUUCAAGUAGCUGCAGGACAGCAUAAACAAAACCUAGAAACUAUAGACCAGCUUCAGUUGAAUCUGAGCUGUGACCAGGAGUCAUUAUCAUCAUCAUCAUCAUCAAGUAGCCAUCAGAGUGAGCAGAGCUUCUCUGAUGCCAGCAGCUUUAUGGAUGAACUAGAAAGUAUUGAUAUGGAACUUACUUCAAGCCCAUCUACUACCCCAAGUCAUGGGGAACUUGGGUUCUGUGAACUCGAUUUAAAUACAUCUAUUAAUUCAUUCCACUAG